AUUGCAUACUAGUUUGCAAUCGACGAACAAGACAGUAGAUCUGAUCCCGGUGCCUAAUCGCGCGGAAAUGGAGAUCGAGAGCCAAUUGGUCGUACUGUGCAUCGAAGCGGCCUGCCGAAGCAAAGAAAGCAUCGAGCGAUGGAGACGGCAGCGACGGACACUGGAGCGGAUGCCUUCUGUUCUCGCCGACGCCUUGCUCCACCGCCUCCUCCAACGCCGCCUCCUCUUUCCUUCUUUGCUCGAAGUUUUCAAAAACAGCGUGGAGGAUGUUGAUCUCAGAGGCGAGAACGCAGUGGAUGCGGAGUGGAUGGCGUAUUUGGGAGCUUUCCGCUACUUGCGAUCUUUGAAGCUUGCCGAUUGUUACAGAAUCAAUAGUUCUGCUCUCUGGCCUCUAGUUGGUAUUGGUUUGACCAGGUUAAAGGAAGUAGACCUUUCUAGAUGUGUCAAGGUUACAGAUGUUGGCAUUCGGCAUCUCACCUUUAUCUCGACGUUGGAAGUAUUGAGGCUUUCAGGAACUAGCCCAACUGAAGACGGGAUUAUGCUGCUCUCCUCACUUAGGGAGUUGUCAGUUUUAGAAUUGGGUGAUUUGCCGGUCACUGAUAGAGUCCUGAGCUCUCUCCAGGUAUUGAGAAAGCUAAAACACCUUGACCUUUGGGGGAGUCAAAUAACAAACAAAGGUGUUUCUCUUCUGAAAAACUUCCCAAAGCUGAGUUAUCUCAGUCUGGCGUGGACAGGUGUCACAUUGUUUCCAAAUAUACCAUCUAUUGAAUGCUUAAACUUAAGCAACUGCACCAUUGACACUGCACUUGAAGGUGAUGGUUAUAAAGCUCCACUUGCAAAGCUUAUUUUAGCUGGAACGAAGAUACAAAAUGAGGCUGAUAUGUUCUCAUGGACUGGAUCAAGUUGCUUAUCUUAUUUGGAUGUCUCCAAUUCAUCCCUUGUCGACUUCAGCUUUUUGUCCGAAAUGGAAGCUCUCGAACAUUUAAAUCUGAGCUCUAGUAUGAUGGGAGAUGACUCAAUCGAAUGGAUAUGCUGUAUUGGAGCCAGCUUGAGAAGUUUAAACCUUAGCAAAACGAGGGUUACUUCUGCUGGAAUAUCAAAAUUAGCAGAACACGUUCCCAGACUCGAAGUGCUAUCAUUAUCUUACACUCUGAUAAAUGAUGCUUCCAUCUCAUUUCUUGGUAUGAUGUCGUCACUCAAGGCGAUCGACUUAAGCAGCACAAAAGUCAAAGGUCUCAUUCGUCAAGAAGGAGCUGAGCCUGACGAAAUCGCCUCGCUGUUGAGCCUUCUCAGCCUCAACAGUUUGGAAAGCCUGAAAUUGGAGCAUACUCAAGUGGAUGAUGCAGCUCUAGUUCCAUUAUCUAAGAUGAAUGAACUGAGUCAUUUGUCUCUCAGAAGUGCUUCACUGACAGACACUGCCCUCCACCAUUUAUCAAAGCUGUCGAAGCUCACCCAGCUCGGUCUUCAGAGUGCCGUGUUGACAGACAAUGGCGUGGGGUCAUUCAAACCCCCGGGAACCCUAAAAGUUCUCGAUUUGAGUGAUUGUUGGCUCCUAACAGAGGAUGCCCUCGUGUCUUUCUGCGGAAGGCACCCUCUACUCGAAGUAAAGCACGAACACUUACGGACCUCCUCAUCAGAUCAAACUGGCUCUCGCCACUCCCCCUCACCCUUGUCAUCAUCGAGACGCUCCCAAGGGAAUCGUAAACAAGCGAAGAGGCCUACGACCUCUUUGCCCGUGUCUCGGUAUUUCAUCGAUCAAAGGCUGAAGUAUAACAGAGAGGAGAUGCUCGCAAUGCAGUACCAACCCAUGUCUCUUCGGACUACCCAAGAGAUGGAAGCUGCCGUCUCCUAUAUGCAGUCGAAUUGAAAAAAAAAAGAGUAAAUAUUUCUUCUCUCUUUUUGUAGUAAAUAUUUUUUCUUUGUUGUAGUCUUAAGUACUUCUUCUACCCUUCCAUAUCCUGGGUUUGUUGUAACUUCAAUCAUUUCAGACACCGAGUUUUUCUUUAGUUUUUACUUUUACUUUUUACACAGGCUUUGCUCUUAUCUAUUGUCUCAUCUCUUAUACGUUUCCUGGUUUAUCUGGGUAGCUGAAAGAAAUUGUUGUAAUUUUGAAGUAUCUGUGCAAUAGUUUUGUUUGUUUUACUGAAAGAAUUCAUUGACUGUAUUUUUUUUAUUAAUUAACGGUUUUCUGUUUCAACCGAAAUCAUUA